AAACCCUUGGGCAUUGCUUACUGCUAGACGCCGUUGAGCAGGCAGCUCCCUGAGUUCGGAGUUCUGCUGAUUCGCUGGACGUCGUUAAGCGUCGGAGUUCACAGCUACCUUUCGUGCUUCUCUCUUCUGCACAUCAGCUAAGCCCAUCCUUGAAGACCUUUUACUUCAGUCUGACAUUUUGACAUCUAUAAGACUUCACCUCAACCCAGCAAACUUGUGGACAAGGCCACUUGGCUCUCCAGAUAGCAGUGAAUUUCCUGCUUGCUGCUUAUACUCUUAUAGCUGAUAACGAUGAGGUUGCUGACGCACAAUAUGCUAUCAUCUAACAUAAAGGGCGUGACAAAUGGCUUCCCACUGCGCAUUGAGGUAGAGAAGGUGGCGGAAAAGACAGUUGAGAUGAAUGCUGACUUUCUGAAAAAGAUGUUUGAGAAGAUACAGUGGAAGGCAUUCGUUGAUGCGUCUCGUGCCAUGGGUUAUACUGAACUGCCAGAAGAAGCUGAUCCAUCCAUGCUUGAAUCUGAUGAGUUUCUCAGUAGGUUUCACCAUGCUCUUUUGGAACUUCACCUUGAAGAAGGUGCACUAGUUUGUCCGGAAACUGGACGACGGUUUCCUGUCAAUAAGGGAAUUCCAAACAUGCUUCUUCAUGAGGAUGAGGUGUGAAUUAAUUUCUACUAAUUAAUUAGCUUUGCCCUGUUGUCAAUGCAUCUGCUUAUUCAGUUUUCAAUUAGGUGCUACUGAGGGCCUCACUUUGAACCGAUAGAAGCAUGUUUUUAAGUGUAUUUAGAACUUGCUGGAGAUGUUAGAAGUUUAUGCUUUUUUCCCCUCUACUAAAAGUUCUCUAGCAUGUGACAUUAGAACAAUGACGUUGUGUUAUUUUGUGUUCCCAUACUUGGGAUUAACUAGAAUUGAGAAAAUUUGGUUCAGUAUGAUUACAAAUUAAUGUUUCUAUCU